AUGAGAAACUAAAUCAGGACUAAUUUGUUUAGUUAGAAUUAAGUUGAAAUCGAUUAGUCUAAAAAUUUAAUAAAAUUUUCACGUAUUGCAGGAAUUGAGACAUUUCCCAUUAAUAAAGUCAAUAUAAAUUAAAAUAUGUUAAUAUAAAUAAUUUUGUUAAGUGUUGGUUAUGCACAAUUAGAGUAUGUAAAGGAAGUGAUAAAUUCAUUGGCAGACCAGGAAUGCAAUUUUAAAAAAAGAAUUGUUUAUGGACAAUAAAAACUUCAUCGCUUAUCAGGAAUUUACUUUUGCGAUUCAUAUGCCAAAAGAACAUGUUGCAGCUAACAAAAUCUAGAAGAACUCAAAUUUAAGUACUCUUAAUUAUAGUAUGUCUUAGGUGGUACAGAGAAUAGCAAUAAGCAGUCGAACUCACUUAAUAAUGUUAGGAAAUAUUUAUCAAGACCAUUUGCUCAGAUUGCGAUGGAGAUAUUGGGCAACAAAUAAGGGUUGGAUUCUGUCCUCACUAUUGUGCUCAAAUGUAUCAAGCCUGUUGGAAUGACCUAUUCUAAUUUGAUGAAAAAACUUAGAAAUUAAGACUAUGCUAUUAAGUAAGAUCAUGUAUAAUUGUAGAAUGACGUGUUUUGUUCCGAACUGAGAAAUAUUGUAAAUAGCGGAGAUUAAUUCUGUACCUCAUUAGGGUAUAAAGUGAAUUCUUAUACAGAUGUGGAUGAGUGGUUGGAAAAUAAGUAUUUGAAUUUAUCCACAAAUCCUUUGUGCUGGGAUGGCACUCCUUCGCAUAGAAUUUGGGGAGCAGAUACGAAAUUGCCAGAAACAAAAGUGAGUACUAAGAGCAAGAAAAAAUCUACAAAAGAGGAAUAGUAAUCCUACUUAGGCCUUAUCAUAUUUAUUGUGAUUAUCGUAAUACUAAUAGUAGUAUCCUAUCGUGCCAAUAUAUUUCAAAAGAAAUGA